CUCCGUUUUACGUUACAUAUUUAGGGUGUAUGCAUUUUGUAUAUAUGCAGAUAACUAUAUCUAUGUCUAUUCUUGAAUUUCGACAACUCUAACGUUAGUUACUAUAGCUAGCUGGCUAUGUUUGCUUUUGUUUCUUCCUGGCUAAGUAGCUAACGUUAACUACGCUAGGUAACGGAAGGUAUAACCUGUGAUGUUUUCUGCUAGUUAAGAAGCAGUUCGUUUAGAGAUCAUAACAUUUGCAUUUCGCUGGAACAAUGUCUAACCUACACAAAACCACAGGGAAAUAUCUAUGGUGGUCUCUUUUGGGUCUUGGAUUUCAACCCGAACUGGCAGCAUCAUCGGGGGCCAGCAAGGCCAAUGCCAAGCACGUCAUCCUGGGACCUAACAUGUUUGAAAAACCCAACAAAGAUGCUUUCUACAUAGUUACCCAUUUCCUGUUGGAGAAACUCAACCCCACACGUUUCCACGACGAAUACAGGCAUUGCUGGCCGGUGUUGGACCACAAAGCUGACGCGGAAUUCCGUAAAGUGACCUGUGCUUGGCUGAAAGAUCUAAUGGACGAACAGGGCAGCAGUGUUCCCAAAGUGGUGGCGUCCCUGUUCCUCUCACCAGGCGGGCCCAAGUUUAUCAACCUGAUGUACCAUCUGGCCAGUCACGUGAUGUUGCAUGAGAUGAAGACGUUUUGUACAGACGGCAUGUGGGUCCCGGAGGCGGCAGCUGCCCCGGCCUCUUCCGUGGAAAUGGCGCAAGCGCGGUUCCAUCUGGUCAGGACCCGAUUCCUGAGGGGUGCUGUAGGGCAGGACCAGCUCCUGCGGGAGUACCAGAGACAGGCCCAGUCUCGAGUGAAGUCUAUGAGGGAUUGGCGGGCUGAAGCUGCAAAGUAUGAUGACUUGCUCAAACUGGAGACUAAAGAAGCUGAGAAGGACGCAACUCGUCAAGCCGAGAAGAUUCAAAAGGUGCGUUCCCUGUGGUCCUCCAUCGACGGGGUGCUGUCCAACCUGGAGGAGAAAAGGCGUGUGGUGGAGAGCGUCAUCAGGGGAGACGCGGACCAGUACACCCUGGACGGAACUGGCCUGGCCCUCAAGAUCCCCCGCGUUCUGCUGGAGCGGCUUGAGCAACGGUCCCACCUAUCCAGUGUGGGCAGCGUGUACGAGAACGGCCAGCCGAACCUCCUCCGCAUGCUGGAGCUGCUACGCCAGGCUCUGGGCAUCCUGUGUGAGGAGAGGUCCCGGGUGGCAGGGGGAACCCCCAGCGCCCGUGUCCAGUACCUCUCGCUGGAGGAGAGGAGCCUGCAGAUGGCCCGCGCCCUUGACGACCUCAGACUUAUGAGGACGAGGAUUUCAAAUGAAAUUCCUGAGGUGAAGAGUGCCAUCAGGAAAUUGGAUGCGGAGUGGGACCAGAAGUGGGCGGAAUGUUUGAAACGCACGCCGCUGACCUCCUUUCUCAAAGAGGAACCCGCCCUGGACUUCCUAUGUCCCAUGGCCCCUCUCUCCUUUGAGCCGGCUACCGAGGCCUGCUUCAGAUCCAGUGUUUUCUCCCAGUAUCCCGCCAAGCUACCCGACAUUCCUGAGAAGAAGCCUGUGGGGAUGGACUUUGUUUCCAUGGAGACAGGCGCCAGAAUGGACUCUGCCCUUGAAAGCCACUUCCCCGCUGAGAGUGCUGCGUCUCCUCUUCCCAACGUGGACUUCACCCCACUGACCACACCCCUACGUGUGCUUUGUGACACUCCUGCAGCCAUCCCUGACGAGGCUCCGUCGCCAGACCUUCUGCCGGCCAGUUCGAGGAAAACCUGUGACACCUCUUCAAAGGUGUCGGCAGUGAAGAAAAGAGCUCAGAUUCUGGAUUUUGAGUUUGAUAACUUGGCUAACGAGUUUGCAGAUGCGGUGACCACCAGCCCUGGUAACAAGAAUAUACAAGGCCUUGAGCUCGGAGACAUACUUAGUACCCUUGGCGCAGACCCCUUCUCCACCAGGAAGCAGAUUCCACGCACCCCAGAGAGUUUAAUUCUGGAUGUGAAGAGUUCCUGGCGAAAGGCUGUGGAAGAAGAGGCGCAAAAGAGCCGCCUGUCUGGUAAAUUCGACAGCCUCCUCGGGCGGCUCACGCCCCUCAGCGAGGCCCCGGAAGUCCUUGUCAUCCCUGACGUUCCCUGCCUGAGCACCAGCCUGGAUCCCGGGACAGCAGCCCCGCAAGAGGCAUCGCUCACGUCCACCCUGCCUUGGGACUCCAACGUGGACGACCUCCAUGGCCUAAGCAGUAGCGACGUGGUCCUGUUUGGCGUCAACCAAGAGGCCGUCCCGGAGCAGUUCACCCUGGAUCAGGAGACCCUCCCGGAGCUGUUGGGCGCCGACGGCAGCCUCCUGAGCUCCAGUGACACAUCCAGCACAGAGGAGGAAGAGCUGCUCCUCCCCGACAUCCCCUCACUCGUCCCCGGAAGGACUGAGCCGGCCCUGCUGGCAGCACGCAGGCGUCUAGACGAGAUCCAACAGGCCUUUGGGGAGGCCUCUUUUAUGGACCACCGCCAGGUGGCGCUAGAGGCCUCUCCACCGCAGCGUGACAACAGAGACUGGCUCAUGGCAAUGACGCUGGAGGCGGAGGUGAAAGACAAGGUCUUUUCCCUGGACCUGGAAAUGAUGGAGAGCCCCCCAUCCUCAAUCAGAGAGCAGUGUAGCUUCCCGGAACUGCUCACAUUUUCCCCCAUAGACAAACUGUAGGGCCUCCCGUAGAGUGCGAUAGACUUGUUAGUGUUGCACCGGUUACUCAAAGGUCGCGGGUCUGAAUCCCGGAGCCAACAAGGUAGUGUCUGUCUGCUAGGCACUUUAUCUGAUUGAAAUAUUUCUGAACCAUCUAAUUUCUAACUUUUUUUCUUUUCUUAAUCUACAUCCAAUUGAAAUAUUUGUACAUGUCAGUAUACCAAUGGUAUAUAUUUUUAAAAAGCUAACAUUUGUUUAUGUUGUGAAUGUCUAAAAAAAUAACAUGAUGGUUGUGAAGGGAAAAACAUGAAAUGCACAAUAUUGAUAAUAAAUGUUGUGAAUUAUA